GCGGCGGCGGCGGCCGCGGGGCCGGGCGAGCAUGUAGCGGCCACGGGCGGCGCGGGGCUCCCGGGGCGGGCCGGGCCGCGGGGGCCGCUCGCGGCGACAUGGAGGAGGAGGGCAAGAAGGGCAAGAAGCCUGGAAUUGUGUCGCCGUUUAAACGAGUAUUCCUGAAAGGUGAAAAGAGUAGAGAUAAGAAAGCCCAUGAGAAGGUGACAGAGCGGCGCCCUCUGCACACUGUGGCGCUGUCCCUGCCCGAGCGCGUGGAGCCCGACAGGCUGCUGAGCGACUACAUCGAGAAGGAGGUGAAGUACUUAGGUCAGUUGACGUCUAUACCGGGAUACCUGAAUCCCUCCAGUAGGACCGAAAUCCUGCAUUUCAUAGACAAUGCAAAGCAGAGAGCCCACCAGCUCCCCGGACACCUGACCCAGGAGCACGACGCUGUCAUCAGCUUGUCUGCCUACAACGUCAAGCUGGCCUGGCGGGACGGGGAGGACACCAUCCUCAGGGUCCCCAUCCACGACAUCGCUGCCGUGUCCUACGUGCGGGAUGAUGCCUCACACCUGGUGGUCCUGAAGACAGCCCAGGACCCGGGCAUCUCCCCCAGCCAGAGUCUGUGUGCGGAAAGUUCCAGAGGCCUCACCGCAGUCUCCCUGUCAGAGAGCGGAGUGGGGCCGGUGGAGGCCUGCUGCCUGGUGAUCCUCGCAGCAGAGAGCAAGGUCGCUGCGGAGGAGCUGUGCUCCCUGCUGGGACAGGUCUUCCAGAUCGUGUACACGGAGUCCACCAUCGACUUUCUGGACAGAGCCAUCUUCGACGGGGCCUCGACACCCACCCACCACCUAUCCCUGCACAGUGACGACUCCUCCACCAAGGUGGACGUGAAGGAGCCGUACGAGACGGACGCCAGCGCUUUCUCCUUCCCCGAGUGCGUGCACGCAGGCGGCGUGUCGCCCUUGUCCUUCUGCAUGCAGACAGCGCCGCACGCCAAGACGGCCAGCGAGAGCGAGCUGAGCGCCACGGCCGCCGAGCUGCUGCAGGACUACAUGCUGACGCUGCGCACCAAGCUGUCCUCCCAGGAGAUCCAGCAGUUUGCCGCGCUGCUGCACGACUACCGCGACGGGGCGUCCGUGCACGAGUUCUGCAUCAACCUGCGGCAGCUGUACGGGGACAGCCGCAAGUUCCUGCUGCUCGGUCUGCGGCCCUUCAUCCCAGAGAAGGACAGCCAGCACUUCGAGAACUUCCUCGAGACCAUCGGGGUGAAGGACGGCCGAGGCAUCAUCACCGACAGCUUUGGCAGGUACCGGCGGGCCCUGAGUUCCGCCUCCACGGGCACCGGAAACAGGGCCGCGGGCAGCUCCGACGACCAGUCCGCGCCCUCGGAGGGGGACGAGUGGGACCGCAUGAUUUCGGACAUCAGCAACGACAUCGAGGCUCUGGGCUGCAGCAUGGACCGGGACUCGGCCUGACGGUGCCGGGAGGGGCCUGCCGCUGCGCCCUCUACUGUGAAGGGCCGGCCCCGGGCGCUGGUGCCCGCGGCCCGCUCCAGGAGGGGUCCCGGGGGUCCUUUCGGUUUUGCACACGACGUUCCUGUCGAAACUCUCAGAGACCUUCAAAGAAGUUUACUGCGAUGUGAAUAAUUCAUUUCUGGUCCCA